AUGGCGCUCGCCUGUCCGUCCUCCGUGUCCUUCAAGUCCUUCCAAGGGCUCAAGGCCAGCCCAGCUGUCUCGUCCCAAGCUCGCAUUAGUCGCUCCAAUGUAGCUUUCCCGAAUGCCUCGUCCAAGCGGCUGGUAGCCGUCGCGGCCGUCGCAGAGGCACCAGCAGCUGCUGGCCCUGCAGUUCUGCCCGUCCUGACAAUGGACGGCGCGAACUCCGGCAAGACGGCAGAGCUGAACCUGCGGACGGCACGGCCGGAGACGGCAAAAGCAGUCGUCCACCGCGCCGUGGUCACCUACAUGCAGAACAAGCGCGCGGGUACCGCGAGCACGAAAACCCGCGCGGAGGUGCGGGGAGGCGGGCGGAAGCCGAUGAAGCAGAAGGGAACCGGCAGCGCUCGCCGUGGAUCGCAGCGGACGCCGCUGCGUCCCGGUGGUGGUGUGGUGUUCGGGCCUAAACCCAAGGACUGGUCGAUCAAGAUCAACAAGAAGGAGCGGCUGCUCGCUGUGGGAACGGCUCUGCAGAACGCGGCGACCGCGAAUGGCGGCGCGAGCUUCAUCGUGAUCGAGGACGUGCACGACAAGGUCGCGGCGCCUAAGACUAAGGACUUCGUCGCGGCGCUUGCGCGGUGGGGCGUGGAUUACAAGAAGGACCACGCGCUGCUGCUUACGGCCGAAGCUUCGGAGAACCUGCUGCUGUCGACGCGGAACAUCGAGAAUCUGAAGGUGGUGACGCCGAACGCGCUGAACAUCUACGACGUGCUGCGCGCCGAUAAGCUGCUGGUGACGGAGUCCGGGCUUGAGUACCUCAACCAACGGUUCGGCGAUGACAUUCUGUUUGUAGAUGGCGAGGAGGACGACGAGGAGGGAGAGGAGGAGGCGUCGGAUGCUUGA